AUGACUGCAAGCACGUCUUCCACACAAACAGCACUGCCCGGAUCUACGAAUUCACCUGACAGAUCCACCGAGAAUUCGUCCGAUUCACGCUUACCUGAGUACGACUUUUACAAUACUUAUCCAGAAGCCUGGGAGGAGGCAUUCCAAUAUGCAGAAGCUCUUUCUCAACACAAUGAAAGUUCUCCCAACAACGUCAGCACUCUAACUGACAUUGCAUCGUUAGCGUGGUGUGAACAGCAGUUUGAUUACUCAUUGGCAAGUGGUGGCAGAGCGGAAACACAGGCCAUGACUACGGGAAGGGAUAUACAUUUUCAGUUAGAGUUGGAAGUGCAUAACAUCGUCAAUGUCGAUGUUGCAAGCAUUGAGGAUGCCUGGGGAGUUAGAUUGCACAAUCUGAUCGAAGGACUACAAACCCUCCGACUCACCGGGAAGACACGCGAACUUCCUAUAUUUGGCUUUGUAGAUGAAUUUUUCGUAGUCGGUAUCAUUGAUGAGAUUGUCGGAAGACAAAAAUCAAAAGCUUCUCGUCCAGAGUCAACAGGACAGAACAAACGCCGGCGGUCAUUAAGGACUAGGCGCAAUGACAAUUGGCACCAACUUGAAAAAGAUGACGGAUACUCUUGGUAUUUAUCGGAUACUAAAACACGCACUCGACCGUAUAUACCAUCCGCUUCGAAUGUUCAACCGUCCGUUCGGAUCCAGUUGAUGUUGUACAAGAAGUUGUUUGAUGACAUGAUAGCGGGACAUGUUGAUGAAGAUUUGAUGUAUGAGAAAUUGGCCGUUGAUCCAGACGCCUCGCUCUCAGACGGCAUUGUUGGACUAGUUGGGGACGUGUCUUCAGACGAAGAGUACCGUGAUGAUGGUGAUUCGGAUCAUUAUGUCGUCGAAUCGCAUGAUUCGGGCGUUACAUUACGCGAACUGAUGAAGGCAGUGAGAAAGGAGUUUAGGCAUUUCAAUAAAUUAAACGACGAAUUAGAGAUCUCUUAUCGAUAUCAAGAAGAUGGAAGCAAUCUAGGAAGUGUGUUUCUGACCUAUGAUGAAGUUAAAUUGGAUAGAGAUCUGAGGAGAGCAUGCGAGUACUGGAAAGGAACAAGGAAACCCGAGGGAGUUGAUAUUGAAGAGGCUUGGAAAUGUGGGUAA